CGCCGGAAGGAGGAGGAGGAACGUCCGGUGCCCGCUCCGCCCGCGCACGCCAGCGCCGUUCCCCGGCGAGGGGGGAGCUGUGCGGCGGCAGCGCCGUUCGCGGGGCGGCCGGAGGAAGCCGGGCCCCGCGCCUCAGCCAUGUCUGAGGAAGGAGCCGCCAAGCUGCGCCUCAAGCCCAGGAAGGCGCCGGCAGCCUGCAGCCGGGAGCCCAGCCCUGGCCGGGAGCCCCCCCGGCGGCGCCAGCCAUUGGCUGACAGAUGCUCCUGGUUCGAAAAGGACGACACAAAUGAAUGUGAAAAACCCUGGAUUUUGUUACUGAAAGAUCUGCAAUGCACAAAUGGGCAAACGGUGCCCGGUUUUCCAGAGUUCCUUGGAAAGAGUUCUGAGGAAGAAAGCCUACAAGAACGAGAAGUCUUUACAGUCAGAAUGAAAGACUUUCAAUGGGUAUCAUUCCCACCUUGUUGCAGAGAGAAACAUCCAGAACCGCAGGAUCUCGGCUCCCCGCAGCUAACACGGAGCCAGAUCCACCGCUUGCACGAAGGACGGGGCCAAGCAGAUAAACUGAAGACUGUACCUGCUACAGCUGAGAAAACGUGCUGUGUAACUAUUCCAGGUCAAGCCAAAAACGUGGUUGGGGGAGACACAAAAGGAAGUUUGACGUGCCACUUGGCCUGGUCGCAAAGCUCUGCAGAGGCUCUUAGUUCUCGGCAGCAGUGCAGGGGGAUGGCACAGGCCAGCAGGGAAAACAGACGGGAAAGCGGUGGGGAAGAGCUUCAGAUACAACCAAAUCAAGGGAAGGUGUCGCUGGGGGAGGCCGCCUGUGUGCCUGCAGAACAGAAACCGCCUCCUGUGAACGGACCUGGGACUGACGGCUGCGAGGAGACUGAACAGAGUGAGGGAUCUUCAACUCUUGACAGUUGUCCCAUGUGUCUGAUUCGCUUCAGUGGAACGCUCUCCCAAUUGGACAUCGAUGGCCAUCUUGCUCGAUGCUUGUCUGAAAGUGCAGAUGAUGUGAUGUGGUGAACGGAGAAUGAAGAGCGAAGGAACAAGGCCAAGGACGAACCUCUCUCAAAGGAAAAAGGUGGCAAGGAAGCACAUCCUUGUCUCAAAAUUCCUUCAGGAUCACAAACCAGGAACUCAAUAGAAACUGAAGUGCCACCUGCCUGUUUGCAGUCUUCAAUCUGCUGAAGCGCCUGUGAAAUAGCUGUAGUGCUGAAAAUGGUGCUGUAGGAUGUACCAGAGACCCCCGCGGAAAUGAGACUCAGCACUCCUGGAAUCUGGAUACUUCUGAAUAAGUGUACGGUUGUAAAUCACUGAAGAGCCUGUUUUGUCUGACGCACCAUAGUUCUGAAUCUUUACAUGUAGAAGAAAGGCUGAACAAAAUAACCAUUAGUUCAUCUAAUCCACAAGUUUGCUGUUCGUGUAUCUCAGCAAACCUCUGCCUGCGACUCAAAACCCUGCAGUUCAGGUGCGAUCCAAGGAUACACAAUAACCACAGAAUAGUCUUAAAAUCCAGGAAGAAUCCUACAGAUUUAAUUUGCAAUGGGUUCUCGUUAAAAAGUGCACAUUGGACAUAGCUCAGUUUGAUAAAUAAUAACAGUCAUUAACUUUUUCAUUAAAGUCUUUUAAUAGAUGUGCAAGAAUAUAAAUGAUCUUAGCUGUUAUGGAUUAGUAUACCAUCUUCUGCACAAUUAAAACCAGUCAGCAAAGAUCCCAACUAAUUAAUUAUACAAAACUACAAGAACAUAUUUACUGUUUUACAAUCAUUAAAUUAGCUAGAAUUUUCAUUUACUAUUUCAAAUAAGACAACUAUAUAUCAUUACCAGAUCCAUUUGUAAUAUAUUAGGAUUUUUUUUCCAAACCACACAUUUAAUUACAUCCUUCAUUUUCUUUUAUUUAUAAAACAAGUACUUUAUAUAAAAAAAUGUCCCCUUCAUCAUGAACAGAACAUUAUUCAAACACUUGCACAUGAGCAACCAAACUUGUAUCCAGCAAACUAUUUGGCAACACAGCAACAUUGUAAAUUCCUGUAUUUUUUUUUU